UGAAUAUUUUAUGAAGCUAUAAUUAAUAAUAACAUAGGUGUAAUAAAAUGUAUUUUUGCUGUAUGUACAACACCUACGAGGGGCCCACCUGACAAGAACCAUUCCCGCGCCUUCCUCGAUGGAGAUGUGAUCUUGACCGCAUGAUUCAUCCUCCCUUUCAUUCUUCACCGUCUGAUCAUCCUCCUUCUCUCUCUCUCUCGUUUUCCCUCUCUCUCUCUCUCUCUCUCUCUCUCUCUCUCUUUAGUGUUUAAUUGUGAGAUCACAUCUCUUCUCUGCUUAGGAUCUCAGCUACCGUUGAUUCACUUGGCCAGUGAACCGACUCCAUGAUUUUCUUCUUCUUCUUCGUCGUCGUCGAGUUGGCUGGGUUCUGCAUAUCUCUUUGAGGCAACUGCUCAUGCUACGUCGGUUAAGUGGGAUUGAAGUGGUAGAUCUGAGGAUCAUGUGAAUUCUGCGUUCUUGCCUUCGAACCCUUUGUUCUGUUACUCCUGCAAACAACACUGUCAAUGGAAUGCCAAUUGAAGCCGCCAGAGGCUCCGAAGGAGCAGCCUAUCUACAAAACUUCCUCGUCGUCUAAACCUUUACAGAAUCCUGCUGAGCAAUGUAUGAAGAAACGAGCUAGUGGAGAGCGUGAGCUCGUCAAGUAUAUGUCGAAGUUGCCCGGUUUUUUGGAGAGAACUGAAACCCCUCAGGACAAAUUCUUGAAUGUUGGUGUUCUUGAUUGGGGCCGCCUGGAGAAGUGGCAACAUAGUCAUACACAUACAUCAGGAAAAAGUAGUCACCCUUCGGUUUCUGAACUGCAUGCUUCAGUGGCUCUGUCGAAAGAUGAGUCAUCUAUUCGCUCAAGAAAGGUUCAGACCCAUUCUUCGGUACAUCAGAGGACUCAGCAUAACGCAAUGCAGUUCCAUCUGUUUUCGACUCCUGAAACGGGGUCUCAGAUUCCCAAAUCUUAUAAUGAGUGUGUAAAGGAGUGUCGGAACAGAAAAACCGUUCGACAAACCAACUCCAAGGAUCAUCGAUAUUCCGGAAUACCGAACGAACAGGUUUGUCAAGGCAUUGCUGUGGCUGGGUCAGAUAGAUGUGAAAGUAAGAACUUGAUAGAUAAUAAGAUCUGUCCAAAAUGUGAAACUCUGUCAAAUGGGUUGAAACCAGAGUUUGGCUUGAACGUGGAGAUAAAAUCAAAGACUCACAAGAACAGACGUGGCAAACAUGAGGAAACGUUGAACGAGAGCAACCAAAAUGAUCAUGAGGGUGAAGUUGCUCGAAAGCCACAGGGGGCAUCUGAGCUCUACCAUUUAACCAAGAAGGUGGCUCGAAAAGAGGCUAAACCUUCUAGUAGGAGGAGUUCAACUAAAGGGGCCAAUGAAUUUUGCGAUGCUGAAGUAGAUAAUAGCAAAAAAAAUUCUUGUUCCUUGCCUGUGCCACUCUCAGAAAAAGCAAGUGCCAGUUCCUCACAAGAUAAAAGACCGGCCUUGUUACCUAUGAAAGAUAGCGCGGGUGAGCAUGCCCAAGGACAAGGUCCGAAGUUGUGUGAUGCAACAUCUGAUAAUGGAAGAAACAUAUCGCCUUUUCAGAGACUUGGCUCCAAUACAAGUAAAACAUGUAAACAAAACGGUGAAAGAUAUGCUGUUCCAGUGACCCAGCUGAACUCGAAAGUUAACUCUGCAAUGUCUGGAUCACAAAAUGUUGCUACUUCGUCUGGUAUUGACAAUUCAGACAGUAACAGACCCGGUGGAAAAGAUAGAGCUGCCAUAAGUCCAUUUAGAAGGUUACUAGAGCCGCUAUUGAGGCCAAAAGCAACUCACUCAGGUAAUUCUUCGGAGGAUCCACGAGCUCAAAGGUUUCAAAGAGUAAAAUUAGGUAUCGGUGGUUGCAAAACAGUAAACAUUGAUGAUUCGGCUCAGGAGAAAAGGGUUGUGUCAACCAUGGUUCAAGCUGUUUUACGUGCAAUGGUUAAGAACAACCAACUGUUGUUUACAUUUGCGGUGAACAAGGAAAGCGAUAUUCUUGCUGCCACAGUGAAGAAACUGGGAAGCUUGGAAGGGAAUGACGGUACAACUAUUCAUAAUUUCUUCUCCAUUCAAGAGCAUAAGAAGAACGGUGCCUGGUUAAACCAGAGAGGCAAAGGCCAAACACAUGGUAUCAUCUCCAACGUUUUCGCUCAGAUGAGGGUCUCCUCUUCACCUGCUGGCGCUAUCAAAGAGUUCGUUCUCUUCUCUGUAGACUUAGGACAAGGGAACGGGGAAAAAUCUCACUUGCAGCUGAAAAACGAACUCGCAGCCAUUGUCAUCAAGAUGCCAAGAAGGAUCAACACAAGUGAUUCUAGAGACACUGUUCAGAAUCGCGAUGAUGGGGAAGAGAACUGUCUUGAAGAUCGCAUAGAAGGCAAGAAGGAUAGUCCAGUUAUUUCCAAUCAAGACAUAAGUGUUACUGUCAUACUUCAGAGCGGUGUUCAUAGCCUGCCUCACAAAGGUGGACCGUCUUCUCUGAUCCAACGAUGGAGGUCAGGUGGCUCGUGUGAUUGCGGUGGUUGGGACAUUGGCUGCAAUCUCAGAGUUCUUUCCAACCGGUCGAGCAAAAAUCCCGCAUCAUCCUCUUCAGAACGGCUAGAUCUCUUCUCUCUGGGGGGGCAACCAGAAGAACAGCCAUUCUUGAGCUUUAUACCCUUCAAGGAAGGGAUAUACUCAGUCGGGUACAACUCAUCGCUCUCACAACUACAAGCCUUUUCGAUUUGUAUAGCAGUUGCAGAAAGUAGGAAACUUUCAGAAACCUUAGAACAGAAAAGCUCUCACGAUGAACAUAAUAAAGCUUCAGUCAGAGUUCCAGAUCAAGAAACUAAGUGUAAUGGCACAGCAGAAGACGAGGUCGCAGAAAGAUACGUAGCGUAUCCGCCGCCUCUGUCGCCUGCUGGACGGGUCUAGUUUUUUUCUUUUCCUUUUACCUCAGAGCAGAUUUUUUUUGUUUCCAAGUUCUGUGAUCAUGUUAGUGUUAAAUGUAGUGCAGCCAUUGCAGGAGAAUAAGAAAGCAGGUAUACUAUGCAGGAUCUCUAUGGGCUCUCAAUUCCAAAAUGUAAGUGUGAAUAUCGUAUGAUAUAUAUAUAUAUAUAUAUGUCAUGCUUAUAAUGGUAAAAAACCAAUUUCUGGCUGUGGA